AUGUCGAGGUGGCACGAGCGCGGGUGCACCCAGCCUGAUGUCGUGGUCGCCGGCGGCCUUCCAUGCUGUCGAUUUUGCUACGGAGUAGCAUCGCUUGAUGACGUCCAGUUCGAUACUUCUCUCAGAAUAAGGCAAGCUCCUGUCCUCGAGGACAACUCUACAUACAACCUUCGAUGGCCUGCAUGCGUCGAUUAUGUCGACGCUCGACCAGAAGUCCCCCCCGAUGCGUCUACUAGCUCAAGCUCCGGCUCUACUUUUCCAUUUGGAGGAACUCAAAGCUCUCAACGAACGAAUCAUCUACUGAACAGGCCAGGCGCACCUUCGAAAGAGUCCGCGACGAUAGAGGGGCCACAGACGAAGCGAAGAAAACUCUCAAUCGCAGACGAGUCAUAUCGCCCAUCAAGAUGCUACCCGAUUCUAUGGGGAAGCCAAGAAAUACGAAUGUUGGAACUGGAUUCGGGGGAUAAGGAUAGUCUUCUCCACGGAAGCUUUCAGAACGUGGAAUUGGAUUCCAAACGGGCAAGAUACGAAGCCCUAUCAUAUACCUGGGCCGACUCUUCCGGAGACUCUACAAGAUGCAGACCAAUGUUCAUUGGCUCGUACUGGGACAUUAUCCCUAUUACUCGGAACUGUGAAAAUGCCCUUCGUAGCAUUCGACUUGUUGGGGAAAGCUUUCGUUCUAUUUGGGUCGAUUCUCUUUGCAUCAACCAGGAUGACACCGACGAAAGGAAUGCACAAGUCGCUCUUAUGCCACAGAUAUACGCUGCCGCCAUCGGAGUCUUGGCAUACCUUGGCCCAGCAGCUGAUGACAGCGAAAGAGCCCUCAGCGCCAUUUUCAACUCAAUGUCUCAUCGCAACUGUGGUCAUAAUGGAAAGCAAAGUCAAGUCUGCGCAGAUUGCUGGAUGCCUAUUAAAAAGCUUCUCAGCCGACCGUACUUUCGGAGGUUGUGGGUGGUCCAGGAAGUUGUUCUAAGCAAAACGUUGACACUCCACUGUGGUUCAAAGUCAACUCCAUGGCCUUUUUCGGCGAUGUUAACUCCUCUUAUCAAUAAUUCAUGGAUUACCACGCGGGAUAAAGCGACAGUUCGUCCUCUACAAAAUCUUCUCAGCCUUAUGGUUGACACAUCGGAAUGUUUGUGCAAGGAUCCACGAGACAAGGUGUUUGCUCUGCUGGGCUUAGCCUCACGAUGGUAUCCGUGGCCAGUCUUUCCCGACUACCGGCUUACGGUAGAGGAAGUCAGCAUUGGUAUUGCGGCCUAUUUGACACAGAAAUGCGGUCUUGGCAUGGCUGUCCUUCUCUUUGCAGGUGCGAACCGACCUCGACGAAGCACUCUGCCAUCUUGGGUUCCAGACAUACAAGUGCCAUUCUCUUUACAGGAAAUCGGCGUCAACCUUUACGAACGGUUCAUAAAUUCCGGAAAAUUCAAGGCAAAUGAGUAUUCGUUGUCCAAUAACGUCAAUUUCGAUAUGGGAUCUCUCUCAUUGCGACCGCUCUCUCCCUGCGAUAUUCGCAUCAUUUCACGAAGUGGAUAUCUAGAGGUCACAGCAAUCAGAGUAUGCAAUCUUCGCGGAUUUUUUACUGAUGACGGUCGAUAUCGGCAGUCAUUUGUUCGGCCUGGGCACGAGGACGGUCCGGAAAUGAAAGCUACAUUGAUCCUACCUAUUCCGUUGCGUCGUAACAUCUCCCACCACAUACGACAAGAUGACAGUCUUUUCUGGCUUCACAGCAUCAACGGAUACGCACUACUUAGGUCGACGUGUGCCUCUUCAACUUAUAAUCUUCUAUGCGCCUGUGAUCUACUAUUCGAGAAUCUUGACACUGGUAAAGUGGCGAAAAACAUGAGCUUCGAGCUGUUCAGCUUAGUCGACCAAAAACGACUGGAAGAGCGAAAAGAAUGUCUUAUCGAAACUUUCCGACUGAUUGUUGGAGGAGACCAUGUGCAGUCAAUGUCGGAGUUGUCAGCAGAGCCUCUCUUGUUGAAGCUUGCUGCGUACGUUUCCCGCCACAAGACCGAUUCAAAGGCGAGUCUUUGGAAGAUAUGGAAGCAACUCGAAGCCAAGCUCAAGCCUUACCUUGAAGACGAACGGGGGAUCCAGCUACUACUUUGUGGCAUAACUGGGGCAGAACCCAUCACCUUGGGAAGUUCGCAAGACGGUAGGCCUUUACAGGCCUUUUUAUACAAAGGUUGUAUGCUGAGGUCCUCGGAGUCCCUCCUAACCCUCCUGUGGUCGCUGCUACCCAAGAGAAGGCAAUGCGUCAACAAAGCUGCCGAUGCGGAAAAGGUUCCGCUUUCGGACGAAGAAAUAUUGAAGGGAUUUCAGGAAUGGGCCGAUAUAUCAAGCGACCUCUUAUUUGCCAUGUCCCAUUCAAUUGAAUAUGAGGAUGAGUCCUUUUUUGGAAUUCGGUCAUCCGUGGAGAUGCAAAAAUACUGGUUGAAAGCAUUCAAUAGGUUCGAACACAAGAUAAUGCCUCAACGGAGCAAUGUCAUGGGAGUCAUGGAGGCCAUUGCUUACGUUUUAAGAUUAUUUCCGCCCAUGGAGCAGAACCAGAAAUAUACAGGCCCUUCUAGUUACAUCGACGAAAUUCUAGACUCUCAAACAAAGGAGAUUGCGUGGUCACACUUUACGAGGGGCUGUCUGUGGGACUGGGAAGUGGUAGGAAGCAAUUUUGAGAAAAGGUGGAAGAUUUUGCAGCACUUGGGCCAGCACCAGUGGUUAGCUUCAUGGCGAGAUGGGCUCACUGAUGAACUCAACGGACUGGAGCAACAAAUGUUGAUUCGCUAUCGACUGAAUUCCUUUGGAUUCAACUUGAGUUUACCUUCCAAAAUUACCAUUCAAUAA